AUUACCAGUGGCCAAGGUUAAGAGACAGUUCGGAAUUCAGAAGAAAGCUCUAUCCAAAGUGUCAACUUCAACGAAUGAAAAAUCCUCUAUUACAGCGAGUGGUUAAAGUGAAUAACAUAGAUAUAUUCAUGGAAAGGAAAGAGAAGUAUUUGUGGAGAAUAGAAUAGAGGCUUAUGCUGAUAGAGUGGAGACAUGGGGAACUGCAAAUGGUGGUUUAGCAAUAAAAGACACAAAGUUCUGGACUAACUUAGCGGGUCAUGCAGCAUCUGUGAUGGAAAUGGAACGCCGAUGUUUCAGGUUGGGAUACUUCGUCAUUUGUCCAUGUCCUCUAUGUGUUACAUGACUCGCUGAGUUAAAUCCAGAACUCUGUGUUCUUUAUUUUCUUAUGCUGAUAAAAUUGGAUAGAAAUGGAGUGAGAUACGAGUCGAGCAGAAAUGGCAGCACAAACUUGUUGGGACAAAUAACCCAAUUCUGUGCCAAUCAAUUAUAACCCUGUAUAAUCCUGUACUACACUGUUCUCGAAGAUGGCAUGAAAGAGGAGCUUCUGAGCUCAUAAAGAGAGCUACUGAUUUAUAGUUGCCCAGUUUGUUUGACCUUCAGCAUCCUCAAUCACCCCCAAAAUGACUUUACAUGUUAGAGUUAUUGCACAGCAUUUGAACUGAUAUAAAAUAUUAGAAUCAACAGCAGAUUGGUUAAUGGGAGAACAAUAUCAUAGGUGAUUGAUCACAUAUUGGACGAUUAGAGUUAACUGGCCAUUGCAACACAUAGGUGAGUGAUAGAACUUUGGGGGAUCUGAUAGGGAUGAGGAGAGAAUUAAAUAGGAUUAGUGUAAAUUGGUGCUUGAUGGUCAGACUGGACCAGGUGGGCUGAAGGGCCUGUGUACAUGCUGUAUUUUGUAUGAUUCUACUAACUGCUCCAUAUAGUUCAUGUUCAAUGGCUUUUCUAUUUGGGAGCUAGAUUCAAACAGAACUAUGUGGGAUCAGCAAUAUAACAUACGUGCUGCAUCUAUGUGUGGGCUGUUGAUCCCAUCCUACCUCUAGCGAUAGUUGCAUGUGACUGACUAUUGUUACAACAGUGAGUCAGAAAGUUCCUGAAAAUUGCUAUAAGAAAAAAACUUUAAUGUUGCCUGCCAAUGUUUCAUGAAAUCCACGCCUAAGUUGAUUAAUAAUUAUUUUUCAUAUUACAAAGAGUGAAUAUGGGAUGAACGUGGUGUCAGAAGUUCUAGUUAAUAAAAUUAAUGGGUAGGCAGUCUCUCCCUCUGGAAAGGACCAUGCUUGAUGGUCGGCGUGAAUUUGGUAGGACAAAGGUGAUUAUAACCAUAUAACCAUAUAACAAUUACAGCACAGAAACAGGCCAUCUCGGCACUUCUAGUCCGUGCCGAACACCUAGUCGCAUCUACCUGCACUCCGACCAUAACCCUCCAUUCCUUUCCUGUCCAUAUACCUCUCCAAUUUAUUUUUAAAUGAUAAAAUCGAACCUACCUCCACCACUACCACUGGAAGAUCAUUACACACAGGUACCACUCACUGAGUAAAGAAGUCCUCCCUCAUGUUACCCCUAAACUUCUGUCCCAUAAUUCUCAAGUCAUGUCCUCUUGUUUGAAUCUUCCCUACUCUCAAUGGGAAAAGCUUAUCAUAAGUCAUUGAUCAUAUCUUGGUCAAUUUCCACCAGUAUUUCAGGUCAAAUUAACCUCUAAUUUUUGUUUUGUUAAUUAGGAGUGGGGAAUAAUUUUUAAGGCAAACUACAAAUAUUUCAAUAAUUUCUCUCAUGCAGUCAGAAACCAAGUUGAUAGAAGAAACGGCACAAUCUCCACAAUGUAGGAAUUCAGCAGCUUCAGGGAGAAUGAGCAACAUUUCAAACUUAGACUACAACGACUGUGAAGCCCAUACAACCAACAGUGCUUCAGCUCUCCUCCAUAUUUCCAGUCCAGAUAUGAACUGGCAGUCACCUGCACCCAACGCAGCUGUACAGCCCAGGUUGCGUGCACCCAGCGAUGUGGAUGAGCGUUACAAACGUCACCGCAUAUUACCCAGAGAGAAAAUGGUGCCAGAUAUCAACUCCAAGUGGUUCCUACCACAUGCUGGCAGUCUUCCCAACCUCCCAAAUCAUAACCGCAAUUUUCGACCGUCAACAAGAAAUUUCUCAACUGUUCCCACAUCACCAAAGCAGCGUUGUAAACUGAUAGAUGACACCAGGCAACUCUUCAAUGUUUCAAAUCAACAGAAGCGACAACGGUACGUAAUGAAAGAUGGCAAAUGCCAAGUGAAUCUUGGUUACAUUCAAGAAAAGCAGAGAUUCCUGUUGGACUUUUUCACUACAAUAGUGGACCUGAAGUAUCGCUGGUUCCUCGUGGUCUUCUCAAUGUGUUACCUUGUGACCUGGAUGACCUUUGGAACUCUUUACUUCUUAGUCGCUUACUUUAGAAAUGACAUCAAUCAUGUGGGGGAAGUGAACUGGAAACCUUGCUUCAAUAACGUGGAUGACUUUAUCUCUGCCUUGCUGCUCUCUAUUGAAAGUCAAAGGACAAUUGGUUAUGGCUCUCGCAUGGUGACUUCAAAUUGUGCAGAAGGGGUCAUUUUACUCAUAGCUCAGUGCAUCGUUGGCUCUAUGAUUGACGCCAUGAUGGUGGGCUGUGUGUUUGUGAAGAUCUCACGGCCCAAGAAGCGAGCCGAGACUCUGAAAUUCAGCAAGUAUGCUGUGGUAUCACCCAGAGAUGAGUGCUUUUGCCUGAUGUUCAGGGUUGGUGACCUACGGGACAGCCACAUGGUUGACGCAAAGCUAAGAGCCAAGCUCAUCAAAUCCAGGCAAACAAAAGAAGGCGAAUUCAUACCUCUGGAGCAGACAGAAAUUAAUCUUGGCUACGACACAGGGAAAGACCGACUCUUCCUGGUGGAACCACAGACCAUAACCCAUGAUAUAAAUGACAGCAGUCCUUUCUGGGAAAUGUCUGCAGACUCCUUGAAGAGAGAACAGUUUGAAAUCAUUGUGAUCCUGGAAGGCAUCGUUGAAUCUACAGGUUAGUUAUGCUCUCCCUCUUGACUGCUUCAUAUACAAUGUGUCGCACAGCAUGGUGUAUAUUUGAGCAUACAUUCUUGGAGUUUAUCUUGCAAGGGGAAUAGGUCGUAAGUGCAUUUGAGGAAAAAAAACUGACCUUCUGAGUCACUUUGAGCCCAUUUUAGCAUUGAGGUCAGAAUUGAUCUUCUGCCUCAACUCCACUUGCCUGCCCUCUUCCCAAAUCCCCUGAUUGUUUUACUGUUCAAUACUCGCAGGAGUCUAAUCCUGCAUUGCCCAUUUUAUUUCAUUGUCUUAGAAAAACGUACCUCCUGUGGUUCGAGAGGGUGGAGAAGAACAAUUGUUAAGUCAAAAAUAAAGGAGUGAGGAGAUACAAUUGUAAUUAUUUUGGCCAGCGUAGGUUGAAGUUUAGGCUUAUUAUUGUCAUGUGCAAAGCAAUAAAGGCAGACUCAAGUACAAUAGGUAGAGCAAAGGGAAAGAUACACAGAGUAGAUAUAGUUCACAGCAUAAUAGCACAAGAGUUCCGGAGACAAAAUCCAAUGUCUGCAAUAUGGUAGAGGAGAAUUGAAUUGUACUCUAGCUUAUGGAAGGACUGUUCAGAAGCCUGAUAACAGAUGGAAAGCUGUUUCUGAAACUUGCAUUGCUUGCUUUCAACCUUCUGUAUAUUCUGCCCAAUAGGAGUGGGGAGACGAAAGAAUGACCUGGGUGGGAAAGGUCUCGGAUUAUGUUGGCUGCUUUCCCAAAGAAGCAUGGAGUGUAGAUGAAGUCAAUGGUGGGGAGUCUGGACUGUGGAAUAGAUUGGUGUACUGUGUUCAGUUUUAGACUAAGGAAGGACAAGGGAAAGGGAGAUGCAACUAGAUUGAUUCCUGUAAUGUGGUGUGCUAAUAUAUUAAGAAAAUCACCAUUUAUUGUUUGGAGUUUAUAAAGUACAGAUAGCUCUAAAAGCUCCGAGUGCCCAAUAAUCUAGCAAUCUCAAUAUCGAAUCUAAUCAUCUACAGACCAUUUCUAUAAAUUCCAAGGACUCACAACAUUCUGAGUGAAAAAAAUUCUCUUCAUUUUUGUACCAAAUAGCCAACACCUCAUCUUGAAAUUAUGACCCCUUUUGUCUAAACUUUCAAGCUAGUAGAAAGUAAUUCACACCAUUUACUAUGUUAAGUGUUUUAAGAAUGU